GGUGUCAUUCCGCCUGUUUCAUCACUGUUGGAUGUAUCCUUGGGACACCGGGGAGCAGAUAUAAAACCAGGCAAGAGAAUUUAUGGCUGGCACCAUCACAAGACAUUGAGCAGCCAUGCAGGUGUCCCAGAUCAGCAGCCUCACCAACGCAAUGGUGAAAUUCUGCACAGCAGUCAGACACAUGGAGCAGGAGGUGAUGUUCCCCAGCCUUCUCCGUGAUGUCCCCAUGGAGUAUAAAGGUGACUGUGAGGAGCAUGACUCAGGGGACCUGUAUGAUCACUGCAUCCAGUUGAAAACCAUCAGAAUUAGCCUGGAGAGCGGACUGGCGCCACUCAGUAUCCAGCGCAAGGACCUGGAAGGAACAAAAAUGGGCACAGCAGACUAUGAAACCAUUUUCUACCAUCACUUCACUGGUCUACUCUCCAUCCUGGGGCAACUGACCAAAGAACCCAACGUCCUGGCCAACAGGUACAGCAAUAUCAUCGGCACUGCGAGGGGAGCAUAAAGAGUGCAAGCCUCAGUUUCCAAUGAAACAACCGCUUUCCCUGCAAACUAACCCCUGCAGCAGCAAAAGGAACUGUAUCAGAGCUACUUAUGGAAGUGACAAGACUGGUUAAGGACAGAGGGCUGGGGUUGUUUCUGUGCUGCCAAAUAAAUGGGAAAUGUGCAGA